CAAGAAUAUGUUUAUAAUUGUGUGCUUAAGUUGUUUCUGGUUUUAAAAAAAAAUUUACCGCAUUGGAACAGGAAUGACCAAAAGAAGACGAAAGUGAAGAAGAAAACAAGCAAUCCGCAGUUUAACGAAACAUUUUUUUUUGAGGUAACAAGGUCCAGCAGUUACACCAAAAAGUCCCAGUUCCAAGUGGAAGAAGAAGAUAUUGAGAAAUUGGAAGUCAGGGUGGACCUAUGGAACAAUGGAAAUUUGGUACAAGAUAUCUUCCUAGGAGAAAUUAAAGUUCCUGUGAAGGUGUUAAGAAAUGAUUCUUUUCAAGCAUGGUACUUACUUCAACCAAGAGAAAAUGGUAACAAGUCUUCUAAAACUGAUGAUUUGGGAUCACUUAGAUUAAAUAUUUGUUAUACUGAAGACUGCGUAUUUCCGUCUGAAUACUACGCUCCUCUGAGAAACUUGCUGCUAAAAUCCUCAGAUAUUCAGCCAAUUUCUGCAUCUGCUGCCUAUAUACUGUGUGAAGUUUGUCGAGACAAGUAUGAUGCUGUUCUGCCUCUUGUACGCUUGCUACUACACCACCAUAAGCUAGUUCCAUUUGUUGCUGCAGUGGCAGAACUAGAUCUGAAGGAUACUCAAGAAGCAAAUACAAUCUUCAGAGGGAACUCAUUAGCAACUCGCUGUGUAGAUGAAAUGAUGAAAAUAGUGGGAAAACACUACCUAAAGGUUACUUUGAAACCAGUUAUUGAUGAGAUAUGUGAGUCCCCUAAGCCCUGUGAAAUAGAUCCCAUCAAAUUAAGAGAAGGUGAUAAUGUAGAAACUAAUAUGGAAAAUCUACGCUAUUAUGUAGACAAAGUAUUCCGUGAAAUUGUGCGGUCAAGUAUAAGUUGCCCUACCCUAAUGUGUGAUGUUUUUUAUUCUUUGAGGCAUCUGGCUGCUAAAAGAUUUCCAAAUGACCCUCAUGUACAGUAUUCUGCAGUGAGCAGCUUUGUGUUCCUUCGUUUCUUUGCUGUAGCCGUAGUCUCACCUCAUACUUUUCAUUUACGACCUCACCAUCCAGAUGCACAGACCUCUAGAACAUUAACUCUCAUAUCAAAAGCCAUCCAGACUUUGGGGAGUUGGGGAAGUUUGACCAAAAGCAAACUUUCAAGUUUCAAGGAGACGUUUAUGUGCGAGUUUUUCAAAACAUUUCAAGAAGAGAAAUUCACUGAAUCUGUCAAAAAGUUCCUAGAUGAUGUUUCCUCUACUGAAAGUAAAGAACCAAGUGGUCUGAGUGAGCCCAUACAUCUAAAAGAAGGAGAAAUGUACAAAAGAGCUCAGGGAAGGACUCGGAUUGGUAAAAAGAACUUCAAGAAGCGAUGGUUCUGUCUGACAAGUAGAGAAUUCACCUACCACAAACAGCAAGACAAGGAACCGAUUUUCACUAUUCCAAUCAAAAACAUUCUUGCAGUGGAGAAGCUUGAUGAGAGCUCCUUCAACAAGAAAAAUAUGUUUCAAGUACUACAUGGAGAAAAGCCACUCUAUAUCCAAGCAAAUAACUGUGUAGAAGCUAGUGAGUGGAUAGAAGCUCUCUGUCGAGUAACAAGAUGCAACCAGAAGAGACUUAGUUUUUACCACCCUUCGGCUUUUUUGAAUGGCAACUGGCUUUGCUGCAAGGCUACAGUAGAAAACACAGUGGGCUGUGCUCGUUGCACUGCAGAUGUUCCUGCUGAUACUCAAAUUGAGAUUGAUGGAGACAGAGAGACGGAAAGAAUUUACUCACUUUUCACCAUCAACAUGUCUAAACUUCAGAAACUGGAAGAGGCUUGUGGAAGCAUAGCUGUCUAUCAGGGUCCACGGAAAGAACCAGAUGACUAUUCUAACUUCACAAUUGAAGAUUCUGUGGCAACUUUUCAUACACUUAAACAGAUAAUAGAUACAGUAGAAAAGCUGAAUGAAUCACAUGAAAAGUACCAAAAGAAGAGAUCGUCCAGUGCUGAAUAUGGUAGUGAAAAAAAUCCAAUUGGAAAGGUUUCCUAACCAAAACCAACUAUGGCACACUUGGAUACAAAAGAAACUGGAAACAUUCUCAAGUGUUCUGUUCUUUUGUUUUGUUUCAUUUUGCAGUUCAUUAUGUGCAUUUUCACAAAGUAUUUAAAAAUGAAAUAGAUGCUAGUUGUGUUGACAAUCUAUUUAAUAUUUAACAGAAAGCUAGCUACUUGGAAAUCUGGUCUUUUAAAGUUUAUUCUCAUUUUGCUGAGGAACUUGAAGUUCCAGGUUCUAAAAGUAACAAAUGUGAAUAAAUCUAAGAGUUGUUUGCUGUUUUAGGACAGAAUUUUCUAAACAAAUAAGCUUUUUAAUGGAAGAAAAUCAACGUGACGUUUGUUGGUUAUACUGCAUCUCCUAAUGCAUGUACUGCAGACUUGUGUGAGUUUACCAUGAGUGCCUGCCCUGCUGAUAACAAUCUUUAAAUAGAAAUCCCAAGAUACUCUGUCAUAGAAAAGAUCUGAAGUUUCACACUCAAGUCAUUUGACAUUCUUUUUUUUCUUAUGUUAGGUGUUGUCAGAACUUGGUUUAACUACAGCUGUAUGUUGCAAAUAAUCUGGACAGCAGACACCAGAGUUUAGGUUUUGUUGCUUUUUAAGUACUGAAGAAGAAAUCAGGGAACUUUUAUUAUGCCUCCUGUUUACAUUUGGAGUGAGUAGUAUCUGGAGUGACAUGAGACCACUAUCAAUUUCCUCUGGGGUACUUUUUUUAAGGUACAUAUUUUUUUUUUCUAAUCUGAAAACAAAUGCAGGGUAGCAGUAUUCUUCAUAAAUAAGUUUGCCUACAGAUAAAACAAACAAACUCAAAUGUGAACUGAUUAUGGUUAAGUACCAAUCAAUCUAUAUCAUCCCGUUCAUGGUUUUUUGAUUUAAAAAAUAAAAAAAAUAAGCUAGGUUCAGUUCAUCAUUUGAUUACAAAUCUAAUAAAUAAUCUCUAUUAUAAUCACUCAAAGCACUUUAGAUAUCUGGACUAUCCCAGAUUAUUUUUAGAUACUUUGUAGUAUCUGCUUGUUAUGAUCAGUUCAAUGAUCAACAUUGUUU